CGUACAGCAGAAGCAAAAAAAAAAAAAAAGUCUCAUCUGAGCAGGCUCUACCCUCAAGCAUGACUUGUUGUUUAAUAGCUGACGGGGCAUCUUGUGACUUUUUUUUUUGCCCAAGAGAAGAAGAAGGGAGAAGUGAGUGACAGGAACGAAGCCAGCGGAGCGUGUGCCGUUUUUUCCACUCUCUCCAGAUCUGACAGUUAUGAACAAGAGCGAGAAGGAGAAGACAACUGUAAAUAAAGCCGAGAGACACACAGCCUGAAGGAAAGUAAUUACCACGACUCUGUUCCACUCCGGAGUUACUUUAAAUCCAGUCAGUUCGGACUCUGUAGACGCUUCACAGAAGGAAUGCUUUACUGAACAGCUGUGGAGGACGGGCGGUAUGGAUGCCGGUUUGUCUUCUCUGCGCUCGGACGCCGUGGGAGCCAUGAGGACGGCGCUGGUGUCUGCUGAGAACUUACAACUCAGUUUGAGGACCGGACUCAGUCAGGAGGAACAGGCCCUCACACAAAACAAACAUAGCCCCAAGGAGAUACACAAGAGCGGGAAUGAAGACCUUAAAGAGAUGUUGGAGAGCAACAAGGAGUCGCUCAAACUGGAGGCCAUGAAAAGGGUCGUAGGGCUGAUUGCCAAAGGGAAAAACGCCUCCGAGCUGUUUCCUGCUGUCGUGAAGAACGUUGCGAGUAAGAACAUUGAGCUUAAGAAGCUGGUGUAUGUGUACCUGGUGAGGUACGCAGAGGAGCAGCAGGACCUGGCUUUGCUUUCCAUCAGCACCUUCCAGCGGGCCCUCAAGGACCCAAACCAGUUCAUCAGAGCCAGCGCACUGAGGGUUUUGUCCAGCAUCCGGGUCUCUAUAAUCGUCCCCAUCAUGAUGCUGGCCAUCAAGGAGUCAGCGGCUGACCUGUCCCCGUAUGUCAGGAAGACCUCCGCCCAUGCUAUCCAGAAGCUCUACAGCCUGGAUCCAGACCAGAAAGAGCAGCUGAUCGAAGUGAUAGAGAAACUAUUGAAAGACAAAAGCACACUGGUAGCCGGCAGUGUGGUGAUGGCUUUUGAGGAAGUGUGUCCGGAUCGUAUCGACCUGAUCCAUAAGAACUACAGGAAGCUGUGUAACCUGUUGGUGGACGUGGAGGAGUGGGGACAGGUGGUCAUCAUCUCCAUGCUGACGCGCUACGCCAGGACGCAGUUUACCAGUCCCUGGAAGGAUGGCGCCAUGUUUGAUGAGAACAACGAGAAGACGUUUUAUGACUCCGACUCUGAAGAGAAGAAAGACGAGACAGAGGCCAAACCGUACAUCAUGGAUCCGGAUCACAGGCUGCUGCUCAGGAACACUAAACCUCUGCUGCAGAGCAGGAACACCGCUGUGGUGAUGUCAGUCGCUCAGCUCUAUUGGCAUUUGGCUCCUAAGCAUGAAGUCAGCAUUGUAACAAAGUCACUGGUCCGACUGCUAAGAAGCCACAGAGAGGUUCAGUACAUCGUGCUGCAGAAUAUCGCCACCAUGUCCAUCCAGAGGAAGGGGAUGUUUGAGCCCUACAUGAAGAGUUUCUAUGUGAGAUCGACAGACGCAACUCACAUCAAAACACUGAAGUUGGAGAUCCUGACGAACCUGGCCAAUGAAGCAAACAUCUCGACUAUCCUGAGGGAGUUUCAGACCUAUGUGAAGAGCCAGGACAAGGCGUUUGCAGCAGCUACAAUCCAGGCCAUCGGCAGAUGUGCAACGAACAUCUCCGAGGUGACGGACACGUGUCUCAACGGUCUGGUGCUCCUGCUUUCAAACAGAGACGAGACGGUGGUGGCCGAGAGCGUGGUGGUGAUCAAGAAGCUGCUUCAGACUCAGCCCACCCAGCACUGCGAGAUCAUCCAACACAUGGCCAAGCUCUUCGACAACAUCACUGUCCCGAUGGCCCGAGCCAGCAUCCUGUGGCUGAUGGGAGAGUACUGUGAGCGGGUGCCCAAAAUCGCACCUGACGUCCUCCGUAAGAUGGCGAAAUCUUUCACAGCGGAGGAGGACAUCGUGAAGCUGCAGACGGUCAACCUGGCAGCCAAACUUUACCUCACCAACUCCAAACAGACCAAGCUGCUGACCCAGUACAUCCUGAACCUCGGCAAGUACGACCAAAACUACGACAUCAGAGACCGAACGCGCUUCAUACGGCAGCUGAUAGUGCCCAACGAGAAGAGCGGCGCCCUCAACAAGUAUGCGCGCCGCAUCCUGUUGGCCCCCAAACCAGCACCGGUGCUCCAGUCUGCCUUCAAAGAUCGAGACCGCUUCCAGCUGGGCACGCUCUCUCACAGUCUGAACACCAAAGCAUCGGGAUACCAGGAGCUCUCAGACUGGCCUGAAGUCGCUCCUGACCAAUCAGAGAGAAACGUGGAGGUCAUUGAGCCGAUCAAAGAGUGGACACCGAUAGUCGGGAAAGCCGGGAAAGCCGGGAAAGCCAAGAAAACCAAAUCUGAUGAGAAGUUCUACUCGGACGAUGAAGAGGAGAAAGAAGAGGAAGAAUCAGAGAGCAGCGGGAGUGAGGACAGCAGCAGCAGUAGCAGCAGCAGUGAAGAGUCGGGCAGCGAGAGCGAGGAGGAAAGCAGCGAGGAGUCCGAAAAGACCUCCACUGAUUCUGGACAGAGCUCCAGUGGAUCCGAAAAGAGCUCCAGCGAGUCGGAUUCAGACCAGAAGAAGAAGAAGAAGAAGAAGAAGACGAAGAAGGCACCACAGAAGAAGAGCAAGCCCGCUGCUGCUGACAGCGACUCGGAUGAAAACGGUAACGGACCUGUGGCCCAGGCCAGCAGCUCGUCAGCCGAAAGCUCGUCCGGCUCAGAGUCGGACUCUGAAGACGACUCGGACUCGGACUCAGUCGCACCGCAGAAGAAGAAGAGUGAUGCAAAGUCCAAACCCAAGGUGGAAGUGAAGUCAAAGAAGGAAGUGUCCUUAUUGGAUCUGGAUGACUUUUCUCCUGCACCCACAAACGCGCCAAAGUCUACAGUGGUCUCUUCGAGCCUGCUGUCUGACCUCGAGGGCCUCUCUCUCGCCAACGUCUCCUCCACCAUGCAGGUCACCACUCCGUCUUUCUGCCCCAUGAAAACCUACGAGCUGCUUCACCAUAUGAGCGGAAAAGGCCUCUCAGCCAAGUACCAUUUCCCCAGACAGCCCUGUUUGUACGAGCCCAGUAUGGUGUCUGUACAGGUCAUACUGACCAACGGCUCGGACCACUGCUUAGAGGAGAUCCACAUAGGAGACCGCAGCCCAGGGAGCCUCAGUAUCCACUGCUUCAACACCAUCGAGCGGCUGGAGCAAGAGGCCUCGGUGACGGUUUCCAUGGGUAUUGACUUCAGCGACUCGACGCAAGCAGCCAACUUCCAGUUGUGCACAAAGGAGAACCAGUUCAGUGUGUCCAUCCAGCCUGCUGUAGGAGAGCUGCUAAUGCCGAGCAGCCUGAACGAACAAGACUUCUGCAAGGAGCAAGGUAAGCUCCUGGGCAUGAACGAGACCUCUGCAACCAUCGCCAUGGCAACAGCAAACUCCUCCAGUCAGGCCAUCAACAAGCACGUCCUGUCUGUAGCCAACGUCGGGCAGGUUUCAUCCAGCCAGAACAACUUCCACAGGUUUGCCGGACGGACGGUGAGCAGCGGCGCUCUGGUGUUGGUGUCGCUGGAGCUGAAGGAGUCGUCCGCCGCCCUCCUCACCAUCAACACAGACAAAAGCGUCAUGGCGUCCAUGUUGCUCCGAGACCUCAAACAAGCUCUAGCCCAGGCGUAGACAUCCCCGACCCCUCCUCCUCCCUCCCUGCCUUCCUUCCUUCCUUCCUCCCUUCCUCCACUAGUAAAGGUAAAGGGGAGCAGCACUUACUUAAAGGUUUCACAGACUUUAUUUCUUUGGUUGAGGACCUAACCCUAACGCUCAUUUUAACUUAGAAAUGAACACUGAUAAAAAAUAAAUAAUAAACUUAAAUUGAAUACACCUCGUAAUACCGACUCAUAUCGGAGAUAAAAUUAGCCGAUAACGAUCGUCAUGUCAUGUGCUCAUAUCGGUGAUAUAAUCGGCCGGCUGAUUUAUCGGUCCUGCUCUACAGGGCGCUCCACAAAACAAUCGAUGUUUGACUUAAUUUCAUCCUUCUCACUACCCCGACCUACGAGAGUUCUCAAAAAUAAAGAUAUUUAACAGUUGACUUUGCCCCUCCCCGUUUCUCCUCCUCUUUCCCUUCCAGUCUCUCUUCCUGCUGUAGAUUUCCAUUCCAGUGUUUCCACUUCCCCCAAAGUCCCAUCUCGUAAAGUGCCUUCUACAAGAGAAAAUAAUGUAAUGUAGAAAACCAAAUGUAUUCAUUAGAUUAAAAUCAACAAGGUCUUUUUAUCUGUAUCGCUUUAUGCCGAACAAUAAAAAGUGAAUUUAUUAUAACAGA